AUGGAGCAGUAUGAUAAAGUUCUGGUUGAAAACAAAGGCGGCUCUGUCCUCAAAAGCAAGAUCACUGAAUUGGCAGACAAAGUGGACCACUACAUGGGAACGCUCGCUGCUGCGAUGCCAAAGGACAGCUUCUGCUCCAUGGUGGAUCUUGUAAAUGGUUUGAAUGAGGCCAAGUCCAGAGGACCAGGGGCCACGGGUUCAUCUGAUGAUUCCAAAGCUUUCCUGAAGAAGGUCUUUCCAGGCAUCACAGACGAGGAUGUGAGCACGAUCAUGACUCGAGCAGAAGAGGAGGCUCAGGAGGUGCUCGACUGCGACGAGUCAACACCGGAAUGCAGAGAACAGCGCUUGAGGAAGCAGGACGACAAAUUCUUGAAGCAAGUCGACAGCGUUGCAGAAAACCUUGCAGAGAGCGAGGCCUCUUUUGUCCAGUUGGUCACGAAGUUCGGCGCAAAAAUGCCCCAUGACCAUCUUUCUGAGUUGACUGAGAUGCAGAGGCGCGAAAACACCUGGGCCGCCCUGCAGCUCAUGGACAACGAAACGGCAUGGGAGGAGCUGAAGCAAGCGGCACGUCGACAUGACGCAUCAUCAGCGCUUCAGAACGGAGCAGCACUGUCAAAGCAAGAAUCCUUUGAAGCACAGUUGGAAGCGGGUAGCAACCCCGUCGUCAUCGGCAUCAUUGUCAUCGUCGUUGCGAUCCUUGCCUUGAUUUUCCUCACAGCCGCGGUCCUCAUCCCCAUCCUCUUGGUUUUUCUUGGCCUUGUGACGGUUGGCAUUGUCAAGCGUCGACGCUAG